AUGUUGCACGGUGAAACUGAAUGCCAGAAAAAUUCUGAAUCUAACGCUGAUCUAGAUGAACUAGCUCGUUUAAAUGAGAAACUUUUGGAACGAUCUAGAGCAAGACGUACAGACUACAAGCUUGUUAAUCCUGAAAUUGUGAAAACUUCACCAGACCCGAUUCCACAAAAUAUUAAGGAAAAUAUUCGUGAAAUAUUGGAAUCGAGAACGUCAAAUGAUUAUUCCAUAAAUUCAACGAUACCACAGAACGAUCGGUCGGGAUAUGUUACGAUGCUUCAGGAUGCUUCAUCAGCAACAUGGCAAUUUUCAACUCAUUCAUUUUCGCCAAGAUCCGUUGUUUCGAUAAAUGGUGGAUCAAAAGCAGACGAUGGUCUUUUACAGGAUGAUAAGCCUAGAGGGAUUAUGAAGAGGAAGGAUUUGGAGACAAAAACUCAAAUGAUGUAUGCUGACGAGCCAAAACAUGUUAUUAGUACGAGUCAUAUGGAGCAAAAACAAAACGUUGUACCAUCGAAACCAAAGGUGACAGAAACGGUGCAUAAAUUUGAAGAACAUAAACGAACUGAAGAAAUUGAAAGACGUGUUCAACGAAAAGAAAGAAAGGAGAAAAAGCGCAGAGGUCAUCGAAGUUACCAUCACAGUGGUCACCAAAAUGGUUCACUUACUCGCCAUAACUAUUCGCCAUCACACGAGAGUUACAUGCGUACAAUCACUACUCGUCGAGAACGAGAUGGGCAAUAUCAUGAUAAUGGACGCCACCACAUGAUGAAUGGAGGCCUGGAUUAUGAACGUUAUGGCUCACUUUCCGAUAGUCUUCGGCGCGGUGAUAUGAAAUAUGAUCCUAAUGGCGAAAUUCGUGAAGUUUAUCAUACUUCGCAUGAUGGACGUGUACAUAAAAGCUAUUCUACGCGCGAUGUUUUCGACACGGGUAAUUAUGAUGACUAUAGAUCAUCGCCGUCACAGUAUCGUAGAAGCAGCCACCAACAGAAUGGUCCACUUGUAGAAUUUCCGCCUACCUUACCUCGUGCUGACAUUGAACGAGAUGCACCAAUGCCACCGCCACAUCGUGGACGUUCUACUUCAAACGAUUUUUAUAAACCAAUUUCGAAAAGUAGAAGUUAUGCUGAUUGGGAUGAGGGACGCGGUUUUGAACAUGCAAUUAGAAGACGCGAAGAUGAUAUUAGUCGACUGGAGAAUGAAUUUCGAGAUUCAUUAUUGAUGCCAAUGCCAAGAACUGGAGGAAAUAUGUAUGAAAGGGACCAUCGUACUGAACAAAUUCCCGGCGGUUACGAGACAUACGACCGUCACGUUAAAGCAAAUAGUGGACGAAGGUUGAACCGCGAUGGUAAUCCUACACAAUUCAGUGAAGCGUCACAAGAAUACAGUUUCAAACGAGAAGUUGAAUCUGAUCGACCACGUUAG